AUGGACGGCGGCAGCGGGCUCAACAUAAUCUACACCAACACUCUGGAGGCAAUGGACAUUCCGAUGUCCCGACUCAGCAAGAGUAGCAUGCAGUUCCACAGGGUAAUCACCGGGAAGAAGGACAAAUCACUCGGGCAGAUCACCCUCGAUAUGAAGCCUAUCAAGGAGCAGCUCCGACGCUCCUCCACCGAGAAGUGCAAGGCGAUUGGUGAGGAGAUCACAGGGCUCUUGGCCGCCGAGUUCAUCCAAGAGGUGUACCACUCUGAGUGGCUCACCAACGACGUCAUGGUGCCAAAAAAGAAUAACUCCCUCCAGAUAUGCAUCGAAUUCAAGCACAUCAAUCGGGCCUGCCCGAAAGACCAUUUUCCUCCCCGCAUAGAUCAGAUAGUAGAUUCUACUGCCUAG